AUGGCCCACCGGAGCCAAACUAGGGUCCUACGAGCUUGCGACUCGUGCACAUACUCCAAACAAAGAUGCGAUGGGCAGCGACCAUGCCGUCGUUGCGCAGAGCGCAAAGAAGAAUGUCAUUACACCAAGGCUGUCCGAAAGCGUGGUCGCCGUCCAAGGACAGAUCCCGGUCGGAACCUGCAACGAGAGGACCAGGACUUUGGGAACAGUUCGCCUCAGAAUCAGUCAAGGAGUCCUGGAGAUACCGUGAUUUCGAGUAAUACUUCAAAUCAGGAUGCACCUUCGGUUAUUUCUUCUUUGGAGAACAGAUCGUACGGGCUCGAUGCAAAUGCAAAUGCAAAUGACACGGGGCAUAACACAAGCCCUUCUAGUGCAGAGAAAUUUGCGACCAACAAUCCGCCAUUCUCUGCGCAGAAAGAUUCAUUAAAUACGCUUUUCCAGACUCCACUGAGCAAUAUGUCACUCGAUCAUCGCGGUUCAUUGGCAGGUCUUCAUCAGAAUCUCUUUGAUGAAGUCCCCGGGUCAAUGACGGACCAAAUUUCAAUGAAACCACCUUACCGCUGCCUCGAUUCGAUCCUCCCGCACUUGAAUGGACUCCUGUCAGCAGAGGAGGCUUCAGAGAUGCUCGAAAUUUACUUCAAUGAGAAGCACAAUUCCAUGUUCAAGUCAACCUCUCCCUACCUGCUUGCCCAUGUCCUACACCCAUCAUCGGUCCUUCACCCUACUGAUCCUCGGCCAACAUCAUCGGCUCUUCUCGCUGUGAUUCUAUUUUGUGUUGCGCAGACGGCCGACAUGAAGAUAUUUGACACACCAGGAGCCCGAGAGCGCAUGAGCGUGGAUCUCUAUCGUCUUUCAUUAGACCUGCUUCAACCUGAAGAUCCAGAUAAUUACUUUCGCACAUCGGACGGUUGGCAAUUCCACCCCCAUCCCAGCGGUGGCACACCAAGUAAUUCACAUUCAGCCCCAGAUCGACAAGCGAGCGGCAAGGCUUUACUACCACGACAGCUAGGCUCCACCGAUACGAUUCUGGCCGUCACGAUCCUGACGAUAGUAAUAUCGGGUGGUCACUAUAAAGCCGACUCGCUUAAAUGGCGCGACAAGUUAAUUCGGCUAGUGCGGGCUAGUGGACUCAGCAUGGAGGACCAAGACAUUGAUCUCGGCCCUGUUUUCUAUGGUCUAUACAAUGGUGAUGCUACUUUCCGAAGAUGGCUGGUCGCAAAGGAAGAGCGCAGGCGUCUGUUUUGGCUGGUCUACUGCCUAGACCGACAUUUGGCUCUGUCUUUCAAUAUGCGAAUAAGUAUUGCUGAAGGCACUUUUUGCGUGCGAACGCCCCUGCCGGAGAAGCUUUGGCAAUCACUUGAUACGGCAGAUCUGAACUGUAUCCCGGCCUGUUCGUUGGGGCCUCCUACUCAAAUAUCGGGCUCUGGAUUCUUUGAAUAUUUUCUGCCUUUGGCGAGAGUACUGGGCCAUAUCAUCGAUUUGCAUCAUGUUCGGGCCCAUCCCACACUUGGACAGUUCAUUCCCCAUGAAGCUGUGCACCGUAUAGAGACAAUGAUAGCACAGCGAGAGCAAGAGCUCGUUGACUUGGAUGGUCAAGCGGAAUCAUAUCUCGCCAAUGACGGCGCCCUUCAUUCUUUCUCUGGACAAUCCAAUGGAGGGCCCUCCCAGGGCGUGGACCAAUUCGGUUCUCCCACGACAGGGACAUCAAAGGAUCCAAAGCUCCAACUUGUAAAGAUCUACAGUACCUACCUACUGCAUGUCUUCUACAUAUUGUUACAUGGAAAAUGGGACCCCAUCUCAAUGAUCGAAGACAGAGACGACUGGAUCACCUCCGAAAGCUUCUUAACCUGUGCCUCGCACGCCUUGAGUGCAUCCGGGGUUGUUUCGCAAAUUCUGACCAUCGACCCGGAAAUGACAUUCAUGCCUUACUUAUUCGGAAUUUACCUUCUCCAGGGCAGUUUCAUCCUCCUUCUAUUUGUGGAUCGAAUGCCAGAGCUUGGUCCAAAUCGAUCGGUGGAAGAGGUGUGCGAAACAAUUAUCAGAGCUCACGAGGUUAGCGUUGUUACUCUCGAUACUACUUUCCAAAAAAACUUCCGCAAGGUAUUCAGGUCGAUGUUGUAUGAUGCCCAGCAGGCUGGGCCGCAUUCUUGGGAUGAGCAUAAGGCUCGACGAAGAGAGUUGCUUUCUCUUUAUCGCUGGACACCCUUGGCUCAGGGUUUGACCUAUUGA